CAUGAUUAUCUCGUUGUAGCCCUCGCCUUGCAACUCGUCGGGUGCAUUCCCGCGCUAUGCAAUCCCAGCUACACUCCCUCUGAGCUCUCUCAUCAGAUCCGCAUGAUCCGCUCCAAUCUCAUCCUCAGCACCAACACGAGCAGCGGAGACAAGUCCAGCGCCUUUUCCCAAGCUCAAAAGGCUGCUCGACUGGCAGCUUCGGAAUCGGACGAUGAGUUCAAGAAGCUGAAGAGCGAGCCGGUUGUGCUUGCGUGGGAAGAGGGCCAGGGAAGCUGGCACGAGAUUGCCGAGAAGGGCACCGAGCUGGGUGAAGCUGGCAGAGCAAAGGUCGAGGAGAGGAGCAAAGCUGUGCGCAUACAAGAUACAGCUGUGCUGUGUUUCAGCUCUGGGACAUCAGGCAAACCCAAGGGAGUCUGCUUGACGCACGAAAACUUGGUCAGCAAUACGAUUCAAGCCACCUACCUGCUGCAUGAUCGGAUGAACGAGCCGCUCAUAUCGCGCUGGUCGGAUGACCCUUCUGCCUUCGAAGCGCGUUCGCAGACAGGGUGGUACGACACGGCUCACGAGCACGAGGCUGAUACGCGAAAGAAGAAUAAGCGCAAGAGUUUGGGAGAGAAGCUCAAAAGUAUGCUCAGUCUCACAAAGAAGAGCGGGAGCGCACAGGAUGCAAAUGACGAGUUCCAUCAGGACGUCUUGCCACAAUUUCACUGCUACGGUCUGCUCGUCAACCUCGUCGCCUUGCACACCGCGACGCCUCGCGUCAUUCUGCCCCGCUUCGACUUGCACACUUUCCUCUCGGUGACGCAACAAAAGCAAGUCACAUUCGCCUUUGUCGUACCUCCCAUCUUGUUGGCCUUGGCAAAAUCGCCGAUAGUGGAAGAGUACGACGUGAAGAGCCUUUGGAGGGUCGCUUCGGGAGCUGCGAGCUUGCCCGACGAGCUCGUCAGCAAGGUGCACAAGCGAUUAGGCCUCAUUUGCACAGAUGGCUACGGUAUGACAGAGAUGAGCCCAAUCAUCGCCAUGCAGACGCUUUCCGACGUCGAGGCAGCUCCUGGAUCCAUCGGUGUGUUGGCGCCCAACACGCGCGCAAUCUUGCUCGACGUCAAUUCCGGCAGGGAGCUUUCGUCAUCUAGCGACGCCUCGGCAUCGUCACCCGAAGCGGCAGGCGAAGAUCAGGGUCAAGAAGGAGAGCUUCUUUUGCACGGUCCUCAGAUGAUGGCUGGCUACCUUCACAACGACAAGGCCAACGAAGAAGCAUUCGUGAUCCGCAAGAACGACAAGGGAGAAGAGGAAAGAUGGUUGAGGACGGGCGAUGUGGUUAGGAUAGAUCAGCGCGGUUAUGUAUACAUCAAGGACAGGACAAAGGAUGUGAUCAAAGCAAAGGGUUUCCAAGUCUCUCCUGCUGAGCUGGAAGCCAUCUUGUUCCGCGACGACAACAUCGCGGAUUGCGCAGUGGUCGGCGUGACCGAUUCGGACGGCUCAGAAGCUCCGUGGGCGUUCAUAGUUCGUCGAUCGGAGGCUUCAUCGCCCAGCGCUUCUUCUACCCCUUCUCCCUCCACCGAAAGACCCCCUGCCACUAGGAACGACGAAGAGGCCGAAGAGCAGGAGAAGAAGGAAAUUCUCAAGAUGGUGAAUCAGGAAGUCGCCGGAUAUAAGCGCAUCAAGGGUGUCUCAUUCGUCAAGGAGAUACCCAAAAGUCAGGCCGGCAAGGUGCUCAGAAAGGACCUUAGAGGUCUGGUCAAGAUCUGAUGGGCUGCAAGAUCUGCAGCGUGCUCACGAAGAGAGAUGCGGAGGCGAGAGAGGCUCGAAGGGGCCUCGCGCUUUGCUGCCGCGCCGUUCCUUCUUGUCGCACCGAGCUUUUGGAGGUUUUGCGAGAUGCGUCGGAAUACUUCACCUUGAUCUCCUCGUCUUUUACGCUUGUUGCGUCUCACUUUCCGUACCCUAAAGUCUCUGCGCAUGGCGUUGCUAUAAUGUCCGAGCCCGCUACUAUUGCGCCAAUAUCGCGAUCGUGAAUUACGGAUUAGAAUCAUAUACCACAGACAGACUUACCGCAUCUUCGCUUGCCCAUACCAUAGCAUGUCCUGCACUCCCUCAUCUCGAGAGGUUGACAAGAAUUGCUGAAUGAGCAUGCGCCGAUU